GUUAAUUCCAUCGAAAACAGUCCACAAUGCCGUUUAACCGCUUUUUGUAACUGAUUAUCAAUGAAAAAUAGAUAUAAAAUAAAUAUUAUUUCGAGUUUAAUAAAGAUCUGCACUAUCCGUUGUGGGAAGUUCUUUUAUUUUGCAAGGUGCUUGUCUACAACUAUUUGUGACGUCAUAAGACAAUAUGGCGGAAACAGAAUUGAAUGUUGACAGUCUGAUCUCUCGACUGUUAGAGGUCCGAGGAUGUCGACCAGGAAAGACAGUACAUAUGACAGAGGCUGAAGUUAGAGGACUUUGCCUGAAAUCAAGAGAAAUAUUUCUUAGCCAGCCCAUACUACUGGAACUUGAAGCACCUCUUAAAAUAUGUGGAGAUAUCCACGGACAGUAUACAGAUUUAUUACGGUUGUUUGAAUAUGGAGGAUUUCCACCAGAAUCAAAUUACCUGUUUCUAGGAGACUACGUAGACAGGGGCAAACAGUCACUGGAAACUAUUUGUUUACUUCUUGCUUAUAAAAUCAAAUACCCAGAGAACUUUUUUCUAUUACGGGGAAACCAUGAAUGUGCUAGUAUAAACAGAAUAUAUGGCUUUUACGAUGAAUGUAAAAGAAGAUUCACAGUAAAGUUAUGGAAAACCUUUACAGAUUGUUUUAAUUGCUUACCUAUUGCAGCUAUUAUAGAUGAAAAAAUAUUUUGUUGUCAUGGAGGACUUUCACCUGAUCUACAGUCAAUGGAACAAAUCAGACGAAUAAUGAGACCAACAGACGUACCAGAUACAGGUUUAUUGUGUGAUUUAUUGUGGUCAGACCCAGAUAAAGAUGUUGCGGGAUGGGGAGAGAAUGAUAGAGGUGUGUCAUUCACAUUUGGUGGUGAUGUUGUCAGUAAAUUCCUCAACAGACAUGACUUAGAUCUUAUUUGCAGAGCACAUCAGGUUGUUGAAGAUGGUUAUGAGUUUUUUGCCAAGAGACAGUUAGUAACAUUAUUCUCAGCACCUAAUUACUGUGGAGAGUUUGAUAAUGCAGGAGGAAUGAUGUCUGUAGAUGAAACAUUGAUGUGCUCAUUUCAGAUCUUGAAACCCUCUGAAAAGAAGGCAAAAUAUCAAUACGGAGGAUUAAAUUCGGGUAGACCAGUAACGCCGCCAAGAGGGCCUCAAGCUCAGAAGAAGAAAUAACAUUAACAUUGACUUACGAGAAGAUUGCAGCUUGCUUAUGACAGAGACAUGUAUUAACAUAUCAAAGUAAACAGCUUGUUAACCAUACUAAGUUGGGCAGAUAUAGGAAAUCCAACCAUUUAUUGUCUAUGCAUCCCUUUACUAAACAAUUAAUGUUAAGUUAAUGCUUAAUUUCUUUGUAUAGGACAAAUUAGUACCUAAAAAAAAUCAAGCUUUCAUUUGGGCAUUUCAUUUUUAUGUAUCAGGGUUUUCUUCAAAGGUUUCUAUCUGUCUGAUUCAGUGAAGUUCCUGAAAUAAUCUUUUUAAUUAGGAUGAUUAUAUAUAAACAAAUAUUUUUCAAAUGAUCUGAAUUGUAAUAGAAAUUAUGUUUGUUUUUUUAUAUAGUUGUUAGUGAUGAUCUUAUACUUUUCCUGAAUAAACCAUACAGCAGGUUGAGAAUAGCUCAUCUGACAUUGGUUUUUCAGCCAAAGGACUCAUUCACAUGUGUUUGGUGUUAGGUCUGACAGUUCAGACCUUGGUGCACAUAGUUUUAAGUAAACCAUUGACAAACUUUAAUUCAAUGUUUGAAAAAUUCGGUUUACAUGUUGAACUUAUCCAUUUAUGUUUACAAUAACAUUUUAUGUUUUGUCAUUUAAUUUCAUUUAUACCCUAGAGUUUGGUUUUGCAUGUUUAAUGACUUUCCCACUUAAGGCAGUGAUAAAAUGAUACAUGAAAUGAGUCAGUAUUGCAGGCAGAGGUAAAUAGAGGGGAGUUGAAUUUUGCACCCUUGUGCCCAUUUGAUAAAUAAGCAAACUAUGAACUUUUUUUUCGUCAUCACAGCCAUUAACUUAGGUUCUUAAGACACACACUUCAUCAUCAAAUAUGACACAUGUUACCUGUAUAUAAUCACCUACAAUUAAGUCAUUACUUGCUCAGGUGAAAUUAAGAAACCUCUGUAAGACCAGUUUCCAGAAGUGACAACCUUCUAUAAGGUCACAAUAUUGAUAUCAUAUCAUUUUCUAGCACAUGAUGAUUAAAUAAUAACACUUAUAGUGAUAUAACAUAAAUGUUGAAUAAAUCCCAGUUUUUCUUGUGAACCCUUUGAGUGCCCUUUUAAAAUAUACACCUGUAUUUUCAAGUCCUGGCUGGUAUGCUAUUAAGUUGUAUCUGAUCUAAGAAUAUUUUAUAGAUAAAAACUAAAAGAUGAACAUUGUUUUUUUGUGAACACUAUUUUAACUUUAAGAAUUUUUUUGCUAGUUGGAUUUUUAUAGGAUAUAUAAUUUUUGUAAGCCCAAUGAGUGUUCAGGAGUGUGACUUUUGUUUGAUUUUCAUUUCAUUCAUUUCAUUUUUGUACAUUUGCAAUUUUGAGAAGGAUGAUCACAAUUUAAAAUUGCUAAAAACAAACAAUCCCAAAAUAAUUGUGUUACUGAUAUUAUUGAUUUCAUAUUUUGUUUAUCGCAUGGUAUCAUUUAAUUUGUACAGUUUGUAGUUUUUUUAUGUUAUAACCAGAAGUACCCCUGGUUCAAUUACAUAAUCAUAAUUUGUUUUUUGGGGGGAAUGUUGUGUGAUAAAGCUCAUCGGAAUGUAGGAAUACAAAUUUGAUGAUAAAGGAUUUUAUUUGUGAGUCACUACUUAGAUAGUUAAAAAAAAUAUUCUAAUUCUUUUGUUUAUUCUUUUAACAAAUAGUUUUGGGGUUAUUUUGUAAUAAAUGAAAAAAAACUGUUAAUGUGUUCUAAAACAUGAGUUUUAGUUAUUUACAGACACAUAAAAGAUUUGUUUUUCAAUACAUUCAUUUCACAAAUAUGUAUAUGCUACAUUAUUCAUUGACCUUUGUAUGAUAAUUUUAUGAAGGCUAAGUUCAUUCUCGUUGUAAAUACAACAUAUAUAUGUACAAAUUUAUUGUCCAUAAAUUUAAACAUAACAUAUUUCAAAAUGAUGUUUACAACAGUGUGCUGUGGUUCACUUUAACCUCUAUGUAAAAAUUAUUUGUAAAAUGUAUAAAACCACAAAUUAUUCAAGAAACCAUUUUUAACCUAUACCAAGUACAUAAGGGAUGCUAUAAAAGCAAUUACAAGAUUACUAAGAAAGUAAAUGAAGAGGCUGUAUAGAAGACAGGGCAAUACUUCUAACCCACUUAUCUAUGCAUACAUUUAUGUCUAUUGUUACUGUUGUCCUCAUAUGUUUUUGUUUGUUAAGUAAAUUAUUUAUACCUACGCUAUAUGACAUUUAAAUAAAAAUAAUAAUGUACAGUUGAAA